AUGGGGACGAAGAAGAGAUGCAUCGUUCCUAGCAUCCUGCUGAUGCUAGCACUGCAGUCGGCAGCCCUCCUCGUCGCCGGCGACGUGGGCGCCAUUCUCCUGCCGAGCAAAGGCCAAGUUGCAGACGAAGCAGCCAUGGCGGCGGCCAAGAAGAGGCCGUGGAAGUGCUGCGACAAGGCCUUCUGCACCAGAUCCAUCCCGCCGAUCUGCCGCUGCAUGGACGAGCUCUUCGAGUGCCCCUCCACCUGCAAGUCCUGCGGGCCGUCCAUGGCUGACCCGUCCCGCCUCGUCUGCCAGGACCAGUACGUCGGCGACCCGGGGCCCAUCUGCAGGCCGUGGGAGUGCUGCGACCUGCCCCGGGGCACCAGGUCAAACCCGCCGACGUGUCAAUGCCUCGACGAGGUCGACAAAUGUUCCCCAACCUGCAAGACAUGCCUGCCGUCCAGGUCGCGCCCUUCCCGCCGCGUCUGCAUCGACAGCUACUUUGGACCCUUCCCGCCCGCGUGCACGCCCAAGGCUGUCGCCGCCGGCGGGAACUAG